AGCUUCAUAGUGUAACACACACAAAGCGGAAGUAAGCAAAGUAAAAACCCAGUGGCCCCAAGAGUCUUCAAACUCAUUAUGUCUUCCACUCACUGUUUCAGGGAGUUUGUGAGUGAGAGGCUGAGCGCCGCUGCGGAGGAGAUAUUCAGAGUGUUCGAGAAAACUGUUUUGGAGUACGAGGAAGAGAUCAGCCGCCAGCGGAGACUGCUGGACGCCGCCUGGAAACCCGAAGCUGGUCUCCAAGAGAGAGACCUGCCACUGCAGCAUGUAUACAAGGAGGAGAUGCUUAUUGAGCAGCAGCUCUGUGAUCAGGAGAGGAGUUCUUGUGUGGAUCCAGAAGAAUUGGAGCCUUCUCAGAUCAAAGAGGAACAGGAGGGCAUCUGCAACAGAAACGCUGUCGCUCUGAAGCAGGAAGCUGAUGACUUGGUGCUGAGUGACAAUUAUGAUAAAAGUGACCUGAGUGAGAGGAGUUCUUGUGUGAAUCCAGAAGAAUUGGAGCCUUCUCAGAUCAAAGAGGAACAGGAGGACCGCUGCAAGAGUCAAGACAAAAACACUGUCGCUCUGAAGCAGGAAGCUGAUGAAUUUGUGCUGAGUGACAGUUACGAUAAAAGUGGCCUGAGUGAAGAUCAACCCAGAAUCCUCAAUGCCGACGAGUCUCGGAGUGCAAGACAUGAAGAGUUUGCGGACAGUGUGUUAACGAAAGGCGCAGAGUUACCACAGCUGAGCACUAACCGCCAGUUUCUCUCGAGCAACUCUGAUUCAGCUGAGAGUCAAGAACACCAGGGAGGCCAGAAAGAACACUUGCGACCAGUUAGAAAUGCGAGGAGAAAAGUACAGAAGACAUGGCACAAAAACAAAAUUCACACUAAGAAUGUGUUUGACACCGCCAUGUCAAAGAUGUCCCUCAGCAGUCGGAAAGCUCAGGAGUCUUUACAGUGUCAAAGUUGUGGAAAAGUUUUUAACUAUAAAUCAGAAUUGAUCGCACAUAUGAGAGUCCACACAGGUGAGAGGCCGUAUUCCUGUGACACCUGUGGGAAAACCUUCAACAGGAUGUCGAUAUUAACAGUUCAUAAGAGAGUCCACACAGGUGAGAGACCGUAUUCCUGUGACACCUGUGGGAAAACCUUCAACAGGAUGUCGAUAUUAACAGUUCAUAAGAGAAUCCACACAGGUGAGAGGCCGUAUUCUUGCAGUACUUGUGGGAAUAGGUUUAUGAACACGUCCCUUUUAAAAAGGCACAUGUCAACGCACACAGGCGUGAAGCCUUUCGUUUGCAACCUCUGUGGAAAACGAUUCUGUGAGAUGUCGGGUCUGAAGAGUCACACAAGAACCCACACAGGGGAAAGGCCGUAUUCCUGUGAACUCUGCGGGAAGGACUACAGAUACCGCGGCGACCUGUCAGUUCAUAUGAGAACCCACACUGAAGCCAGAUAGUCUGAAACCUGUUGGAGAUGCAUAGACCAAGAAGAUUUAUUCAUACAGAUGUGUGUAUGUCAUAAUUUUUUAGUGUUCUUUGUGUUGAGGGUUUCGUGGGCAGAACAUACGAACUCACAGAAAACUGAGCUGAUUUCUAUAUAUUUUGUAUGAAUCUCAUUUUAUUGUUUUUAUAUGAUUGUAUGUCAAAGAGGACACAAUAUUUCAGUUAAAUUCUGUGCAUUAACCACUACAUUUCUUAUAUUUUUAAAAUCUGGACAGUAUUUAAAAGUUUCAGUUUUGAUUAUUCAACGUGUUUGGAUGCAUCUCAGAACUGACAUGAAGAAAGUUCUUUAAUAAAGAGGCUGUGUGUC